UUCCAGGCCCCCUCCAUCACCACACCCUGCACUCAAGUAUUGGUGCAGUCCAUGGGCAGCACACUUCUGCCCUGCAGGACAUUGCCACUGGGUCUCCCCUACAGUUUCUAUUCCAGCUCAGCACUUGUUGAGGAUUAAACGUCAGCCGCAAGGACACCUUGCGGGUGAGCGAGAUGGCAGUGAGCGGGGCCGCAUGCAAACUACUGAGGAUCAACACGAAAGGCCAAAACGGGGAGCUCGAAGAGUCAGAGCUUCCUGUGGAUGAGAGAAAGCAGAAGGACAGGGAGGAGCGCGAGGCCCUGGUGUUAUGGAAGAAGCCCCUUCUCACGCUCCAAUACUUCACUCUGGAGCUGCUCAUCACUCUCACCGACUGGAUACGGAGGCUGUGGCGGCAAAGACACACGGCGUUGGUCCUGCUGAUCCUGCUGAUGCUCCUCUUCGUCACUUACAGUAUUGAAGGAGCACACCAGAAGUAUGUGCGUUACAUGGAGAAGAAGACGCUGUGGUGCGCCUACUGGGUUGGACUGGGCAUCCUCUCCUCGGUGGGUCUCGGCACUGGCCUGCACACCUUCCUCCUCUACCUGGGACCACACAUAGCAUCAGUUACCCUGGCGGCCUACGAGUGUGGGUCUGUGGAUUUCCCCGAACCACCCUAUCCUGACCAAAUUGUCUGUCCCCCUUAUGAAGCACCAGAACUAGGUUCCUAUGUUGAGCAGAAGGGUGUGGAAGGUACAGUGGUGGACCAGGGGGCUGGGUCAGCAGCUCUUCAUGGAGGUAUCUCUCUCUGGACCAUCAUCUCUAAAGUCCGUUUGGAAGCUUGUAUGUGGGGUGCAGGUACAGCUAUAGGAGAGCUUCCUCCUUACUUCAUGGCCCGUGCAGCCCGGCUGUCUGGUAUCGACCCUGAUGACGAGGAUUAUCAGAAGUUUGAGGAGAUGCUCGACCAGACUACCUCUGCACAGGACUUUACAACUAGAGCAAAAGUAGCAGUACAGAAACUGAUCCAGAAGAUCGGAUUCUGGGGGAUUUUAGCCUGCGCUUCAAUACCAAAUCCCUUGUUUGACUUGGCAGGAAUAACCUGUGGACAUUUCCUGGUUCCGUUCUGGACAUUUUUUGGUGCAACUCUAAUUGGGAAGGCAGUCAUCAAAAUGCACAUUCAGAAACUGUUUGUAAUCGUCACCUUCAGCAGGCACAUAGUGGAGCAGAUGGUCUCCCUCAUUGGGAGGAAGUUUCCCUCAUUACAACGUGUCAACUGUCAGCUUCCUUCCUCACUGAGGGCUCUCCACCUUCACUUCGAUGCCACUCUCACUCUCAGUCACACAUCACCUUAUGAAUGGGUGACAGCCUUUCAUUUUUAACCCUUCAGGUGCCGUGUGACAUCAGUAAAUGUAGACUUUUACAGUAGGGAAAAAGUACAACUGUCCCCCACCCACUGUGCACAAGCACAGUUCCAUGUACAUGCACACCCACACGGCGACAGAAACACUUGCCCUCCGUACGCCCUCUUUAUCAAACUUCAAUUAUAGUAGACCUGCUGGUCCUGAUUAUUUCUCACCUCUGCUGUCUCAUUUGAACUUCAUCUGGAAAUGCAGGCAAAUAAACCCCUUCACAGGAUGUUUUUACGGGGGUGGCAUUAAAAAUAAGUCUUUAACUAGGUUAGAUGAUUGAAUUGAGUUGAGUUAAAACAAUGAGUGUUUUUAUCCCAUCCUCUAUUCAACAUCUUUAUUGUAUUUUAUUAAAAUUCAAAAUGUUUCAAGCAGGUGCAGAAACUGUUUUUUUAAUUAUGAUGAAUAUAUGCAAGUUGUGUCUUUGUUCUAGAAUGUUAGAUACAUACACUCACUUUGUUUUUGCCUCUUUGCCUCAGCUCUAGCUCUAGUUUACGUAAACUCAGCAGUAAGUAUUUGUCUUUCAGUUACUAGUGACUGUUGGACUCGUAGUGAUUCUCCCAGUGGUUCUUGGAUGACAUAAUACAUUACUACAUAAUUCAUCUGCUCUUUAUUGCCUAUCAGUUGAUCUAGUUGUCAUUCACACAUACACACACACAGAGUUUCUGUCUCUCUUUCUCUCUGUGAUUGUGCCCUAACAGAACCUAUUAGACCUGAUAUUUUUCUUACAAAUGAUUAGGCACUGUACAUUUUUAACUCACCAACCAUUGUUUUGGAAUGUUGUUUUAUUACUUGAGAUGAACAGUAUUUAUUUUUAUUUUAGUUAACAAUUAUUUAAUUUGAAUCACCUAUUCACCAUGUCACUAAAGACAAACAUCUUUUCCUGUGAUCACAAUUCAAACAUUUUAUAUAAUUGAUUCAAAUGCUGUAUAUUCAGAUUUUACAGAGGUAAUUUUACCUUUUGGAUCCCCUGAAUUAUAUGCUAAAGUGUGACCUUUUAGGUUUGAAAAACAGACCUUUAGUUUCUAUAUGAGAACACUUAAUCUAAGUGUUGUAAUGUGGCUGUCAACAAGCCAAAUCCCCAGCACAGUACAACAGUAUUUACUAUAUAUGAAUGUAUUGGCUAAUGUUUUUAUUCACACAUCCUCGAGUUUUCACUAAAAUUAAUAUUCGUGUUUAGAAACAUUGUUGUGUGACAAUAAAUCUGUUAUAUAAAAAUAUCUUCUUUCCAAAGAUCGGCCUUUUUGGCAACAUUUAGGAAAAGUUGCUGUCAUGGAUCAACAGAGUUUAAAUCAGGGAAGUAGUUUUGAUUGACAAAUGGAAAAUAGACCUCGACUAAACGUUAGUUUCAGAAGAGAAGUUUGGAUCACAGUUAAUCAUGAGGCUUAAAAACCGCCAACAGCUAUUUUCAUCACCUCCUUUAACAAAACUUUUUAUUAGUUGUAAAUAAAAUGAUUCAAAGGGCAGGAACAAACUCAACAUAAGUCUUUUUGAGCUGACUUUCUUUGAAAUAGUACAGAAAAAAUGGUUUGCUGGAAAAGUAUGGGGUGUUCCCUAACAGUUGUUCAAUCACAUUAUAUGUCAUUCCGCAACUGUUUUUGUAAUUACAAUCUAAUGAACGAUAGACAAUUUACAUUUGUAUUACCAUUUCAUUUGUAUUGUGGAUUUGCAGAUGUUCAUAUCUUUACCAGAUGGGUUUCACUCUGUCUUUCCUGCCAUGCAAAGCAUUUUAUAUUAAAUCAAAAACCUGUCAACAUUUUAGCAUCAAAUAGUAGUUCUGCUUACACAAAAGUCACAGUUAGACUUGAAAGCUAGAUCAGAUGGAGCUGUGUGUCUGAUGCGACUUGCUAGAUUUCCUGUGACUAAUGUACAGCGUCUCGCCUUGAAAAGCAUUCAAGCAUGUACAGUCAUUGUUUAAGUCAGGAAAAAAUCCUGCUAAUACACACUGAACAGGACUUUUAACCAAUAUCUUAGUUUAAAUUCCCCUAUUUCACCUCUGAAAUCAAAAGCCUAAAUGUAGAUUAAAGGUCCUCUUUUUUCCCAAAGCAUACAUUUUCUUAUCUCUUAUAAUCUAGAAUUUAAUGUCAGUGCUGUAACAAGAACUACUGAGAAAGCUCUUAAACCAGUGCUUUGGCAGAACAAAGGUGUAAACCUAUUAGAAUUUAAUGUUCUUUGCAUUCAUUGACUGAUUAUGAUCCUCUGUGAUCUUCAUCUAGGCCUCAGGUAUAGAUAUUCAUGUAUAUGGUAUACAGCUGAUAAUACAUGGACAAUUGUAACCUUUUUGUCUCACCCAUUAAAUAUCUCCAAAAAUGUAACCUGCAUGUUAGCUGUGGAUCACAUCUGCAUACAAUACAGCACUGUAGUUCAUACAAAAUGUGGACUAUCUUCCUUGAACAAAUUCAACAUCUCAACUGUUCUAUUGAGAUAUUUUAGGAUAUACAUCACAGACAUCUGGAGCACCCUCAAAGCAUUUCUGUUGGGUUAUCGUCUGGGCCACAAGUCAUUCUGCAUUAACAUUACUGUGGGGCUUAGGGUCAUUGUUCUGAAGCACAACAAGCAGUCCUUGCUGUCAAGCUGGUAAAACAUGGCAAUGCAACGUAUUUGUAGCAUUUAUAUGCAGACGGGUGAAAAUCUAAACUGGGUAAAAUUACUGUAAUGUUUUAUCUUCAUGCAAAGCAAUAAUUCUUAAGUCAAGUGAGAUCUUACUUUGUGCGAGACAUGCUUUAGAAGAUGCAUCUUGUAAAUGUUAAAACUGAAAAUGUUUGAGUGAUUAACUAAUUAAGUCGUCCUUUAGACUUGUGUCAAAGGAGAGACUGUCCCUGUUGGGCUUCAAAAGCUAUUGAGAUGCAGAGAGGAAGAAUUGAGACUUAUUAGGUUAUUUAGUAGAAAGGGGGGACUUGUAGGUCUCCAUGAUAAUGCAGCCAUUUCCAUGUGAGUCUAUCCCUAAGGUGGGAGUCCAUUACCACCACAAUGGGCUUGCAGAUGGCUGUUCCAGAAGCACAAGGCUGUUGGCAUUGGAGGGCCACAGCAGGCAGCCCUGCUCAGAGGGAGGCCAGGGGAGAUUCACAGGUCAGGUCAGGACAGUCAGGGGUUGUGUGAGAUGCUGACUGGAUCUUACUGGAUUUAACCAGAUCGCAAUCAGCAUUCACAUGUAAUACAAUGGUUACAAAAGUUAAUCAACAGAUUUUAAUUACCGCUUAAAAUUUACACAUGCACGUUUACACUGUUUCAUCAGUGUCUGCAUGUGUUUAAGGAGUGGUUGUGGGAGAAAAAUGUUUUUCAAGGACACUGUAGCUUUCAUGGCCAAAGUAACCUUGAAAGCAGUGGACAGCUUUGUGGACAGGCAUUUUACUAUAUCUAACCUCCAUAAUCAGAAAUGAGAAUUAACUUUGAAGAUAAAAUACUUGUUCAUUGUUUGAGUGAGUAAGUGUUUGAGUGAAGUUGAGGAACAAUGGUUAAUAAAUAUUAAGUUGACAUUUAAAGGUGGACGAACUUAACAAAAUAGUUUUGCCUUUUAAUCAGUUCCUUCUAUUGACUUCAGCACCAUUUUGUUACAGUCAAUGCUAUGAUAUGCUAUUCAUAGACUUUAUACUUGUUCUUGCUUGUUCCUUUAGUCAGACAGAGAAAAUGCCUAAGUCAGACAAAGAUGGUGCAACUAGGACUUUCGGACAGUGUUUGUCUGCUUUAAGUGUCUCUAGUGAUUAGGAAACUAAAAAUUAGAGCCAGCAUGUACAGUAUAGGUAAUUGGGAGCAGAACAGGUUUGUCAGACUUCAGACGUCAGAAAUAUUUUAGCUGUGUAUUUGCACUUACCCUCAUCAGCUGCUAGCUGUUUGGUUUAGGAUCACUCCACGCAUUCCACACUAUUUGGCAGAUACGAACCUGUGGCACAAACUUGAAAAAUGAUUUUAAAUCUGCAAAGUAAAGAUAUGUUUUUAAUAAUGUUGCUGUUUAUGAGCUUCUGAGUGGUAUAAAGUCACACAAGAUUUAAGCUGAAAUUCAGUAACAUAAAGCUAACAAAAUAACUAUAUAUUGCAUUAACAAGAAGAACUCUGUCCAUGAUGUGUGAUAGUUUGUUGACGUGAAAAUGCUGUGAACCAUGUAAUUCUGUCUAUUCUUGGUUAGACAAUAGUGUGGUUAUUUCUGUGUGUUGUGUAAAAGUACUAGACUUACUGGAGGAAAGUUUGUCACUGUGUGUUUCCACUGAAAUUUACCCAUCUUGAACACACGCCCCCCAGCUCAUAUAGAAACUAGGUUUGUGUGGUUUCAUGCUAAAUGUUGGGCUGUCUGGGCUGAAGGUGACUGUGGUGUGGUCUUGUAAAAGCUGAACGUAACCUAGUACAGAGGGAGUUUUUUUCUUAGCCUAUUCCUCACCAUGUACCUCGGUGUAAUGAAGCAAAACGUAUGUUUCUGUGUAAUCAGUAAACUAUGAAUUAAACAUUCAUGUGUUUGGGGAAAUUAAUUUCUGUGGAAAUUAAUUUCUGUGACAGCUCCUUAUUUUCUGCUAAAAUAAGGAGGUGUCUUUGAGCUUCAUGAGCAAACUCUUCCUGUUAACCCAUCUAGAGGAAGGGAGUGUUUUUGAUCCUAUUAGUCACUGGGUGCUCAGGUCACUUGAGACGCGCCUUGACAAAGGUGGCAUUGAUCUGUUCUUUGACAGCCGACCCGAGUCUCCUCCAGCCCAAAAGCAGUCAGAUGCCUUGCUCAAGGUGGCGGGAUCCUAGCCAAGCAGGGCACGAGAGUGGGAGCGAGACAGGUCACCGCUAACUUUCUUUUUAUACAACGUCGUUAAGUUUAAUGUGAGGCUCGGCAGGGCGUCCGUUUUCUCAUCUCCCCCCUUUCCAUUACCUUGGCCCCCAAACAGAAAUAAAGUUGGUAAAAUUCUGAAACGUGUUUGAGCCACAGCCAUUCUCAAUAAUAGUUAUUGUCUGAAGAGAGAUAAAAGGUCACAUUCAGUACUGCCGACCUAUUUUUGUGCUAAGUGGCACGUCGAGGCUCAAGAGAUCUAAAUAUACGUGUAGACCUCAAGCUCAGUCAGCAUCAUCUAGUGUUGUGGAUUGAUUUGUUAAUUCCCAUGAGAUUUGUAAUAUGUGCUGCAGUUUCAUCAGUUCUUGUGAGUUUAUGUCUGUGUGCAUUUAUGCUCUGAGUAGUGAUCCCACAGAGGCCAGCUGGGCCCUUCGUUAUCCACACCCUGCCUUAGUUCAGUCAGACAUGUGUUCCAUCAGUCCAGCAGGAGAUAAUAGGAGAGGUAAGUAUGUUUGUCUGGGAUAAUUCCUACCAGACGCAUACUUAGUAUUGUCCAGUUACUUACUUAUGGGAAAGCUAUGUGUUUUUCUGCAUUUAUUCCAGACAGAAAUAUGUUUUAUUUUUAUUUAAUUUAUUAAAACCUCAGAACUUUAAUCACUAUGAAAUUAUUACUACACUUUUACGGGACUAGAGAUCACAUCUGCACUGCUUUGUUGGAAGCUAGUCCAACUUUUUUGUUUUCAUUUUUUCCUCAGUAUUUCUAGCAUAUAAAGACGUAUAGCACACUUCCGGAAGUUCCACUAGUACACACGUGGCUUCUAACCACAACCUCCAGCGUAUGUUAGCUCAUGUACACGCUUAUACGCUGUUCACUUCCUGAUACCUGUCACAUGAGAGAAGACAACAUAAGUGAACAAUAAACAACAAAGCCAAAUUCAUGACGACCUACUUGUUCUGUGAAGCAGGCACAGCAGCCAAAGUAGAAAAUAUACAGCUCUGAAAAGGAAGAUAUACAGACCGUUGUGGCUUUUGAAAGCUACAUAUGUAGUAACCUCUGUGGUUGUGUGAACAGGAUGUCACAGCAUAUAUAGACCACAUAGUCCAUACAGUCUCACAGCAUGUACUGUAUAGCUACACACACAUUGUACUUACUUAGUUUUCUCUAUGAGCUGUGUGUGAUAAGUGGCAUACAUUGCAUUCAUGGGACAUUUUACCUUUUAAAUAAUUUCAAGUGCAGAUUUAUUUAAUGUGACAUUAAUUUCCCACCCCAUCACCUUCUUUUUAUUGUGUUAUGCUCUUUAUAUUUAUUGGCCGGAUGUUAUAAUCUGUAGGUGUAGUUCAUUAGGUGUUCAUCUGAAGAGAGGGUUAGACUCUGUUCCACAGGAAACAAGGUCACCAUGAAUUCAAUUCACUGGCCGUUAUCCUAAAAAUGACAUCAUCCGAUGGAUGGAGACAGUGUGAGUAACCUAAGUCUACUUCCAGCCUGGCUGUCGCUGCCGAUCUACAAGUAGCUGUGUGACUUUUCUGGAUGUGUCUCCACUCACAUCUGAGUCAGUGAACAAUCAUUUCUCACCACCGAAAGGGUCCAGGCCUGGUUACCCAGUGACCCAGCAAUUCCACACACCUACACUCCCAGACCCAGAGGUUCUGUGUGGGCAUGCCGACCUGAACCUUUGGGGGGUUGCAGGGGUUGGUGGGCUGUUUAAUGUGGCUGUCUGGGAAGUGAGAGGAAUAAUAGACUGCUAUAAUUGGUGCUCCUGAUUUCCUGGCAGCACUGCGGGCACUCAAAAAGAUAGCAUGUGUCCGAGCUUGUUUAUAUGCUUUUGCAUAUGUGUGUUUGCUGGCCGACACAGAUGGCUGUAGAGCAGGGAUGUGAUAAACACCCUGGGCAGGGGGAUCUCCGUCCAGGAGUGGGCUCCAUGCUUAAGUGGUGAAGUCACAGGAAAACCGCUCGGUCGAAGUGGAGGAGGAACACACACACACACACACACACACACACACACACACACACACACACACACACACACACACACACACACACACACACACACACACACACACACACACACAGCCAAACCUACACAGAUAAUUCCUUAACAAAUUUCACAAAAAUGUUUUUUACCCUGAAAUUUAACACACUCUCCCUCCUACUAUACUACCAUACUUAUUAUUAUGUUAUUAUUCCAACAAUUAUUAUAAUGAAAUUGAUUCAGUAGUAGCACUCUGAUACCUCGUUAUCGGCUCAAACCAUGAGCUGAUAACAAGGAUUCAGAGAGUGUGUGUUUUAUUUGUACAGGUUAGAGUUUUGGUACCUCAGGUCAGCGUGCCGCCUAACCACAUGUGUGUCUUGCAAUGUCUCUCCUGUUAUGUUAGGUGUGAACUGUGGCCCUUUGGAGCGUUGGGUAACACUAGUGAUUGCCUAAGCCAGUUGUUGUGGUGAUGUCGUAACCGGUUGGACCUGGCCAGGAUUUGUCAUGUGACCCCUUGUUCUCUAUCAUCCCCUGCCUGGAACGUCGGCGCACGUGUGUGUGCCUGCCUGUGUGAUCUUGUGCAUGUGUGCAUUUGGAACUGAUUUACCAUAAGGAACAAGAAACUCUUUACCUGGCUGUAUGUCUGUGCCAUUGGAGCUAGCGGUCCAUCAGAAGGGGCAGACGGGUCAAAGGUUGGCUCUGAUUCAUGUCUUGUGGAAUUUAGCGUUCACGGAACUACCAGUGGACAUGUAAACCUGCACCGCAGUCUGAACAGGAGCAGGAAAUAUUUUAAUAAAUAAAUAGGUGCUCGCACAUUAAGGGUUUUCCCUUCAGAUGUACUUUUUUUCCCCAUAUUCUCAUUUCCUGAUCAGUGACUUCUGUCAGAUAAGGCACAGUUUUGAAUGCUGCUUUGUUUUGUCUGGUAAUUGUAAGGCAAGGCGAGGACACUUUUGCACUGAAUUCUGCAACGUUCACUGAUCCCGUCCAUCGCUGACAGAGGCAGAUAUGACUCAUAUAGUAUUUAGAUGUUGAAUUUUUCCAUUACAAGGAGAAAAUAAAGAGGAUGGAUCUGUCUGUGUUAUAUAUGGUGGCGCUGUAGCAGUGUCUUCUAUUUCUGUCUUGUUUUAAAGAAUAUAUAUGUAAAUAUACAACACACACACACACACACACACACACACACACACACACACAAAAACUUGACUUAUACUGAACUUUACUACAUACACUCCUGUGUGGGUAUGAUGUGGGAAAAAUGGAAAAAGUGAGUGAUUUGCUGGACCGUGGUGGUGCUGUGGUUUCCCCUUUAGCUGUGGACAAAGGCUUUUCAUGAUCAUAAGGUGCUCGACCACUUUGAAUCGGUUCAAAGUUGUCGUCUGUUUGAUCUGAUACAGUCGAAGGAAUUCAAAUAGUUUCUCCUUCCAUUAGCAAAAUAGCAAAAUGUGGCUUUUUCAGAUAACUUUCAAAGUCUGUAAAAUAUUUUCCAUAUGUUGAUUUUCCUAAAAUACAUUUUACACAAAUAAGCAUUUUAUCUAUAAACUAUUGUGCCAG